AACACAUUCCCAGCGCCACAGCAGCGCAGAGUGGGAAUGAGAUUCAGCUAAGUACACGAGAGCGUCGUACCUGGCUAAACGAGCCGAGGACGGUGUCAGCCACCGACAAAGUCAACGGUCGGAAACGGAGAGAAAGAGUGCAGACGCUGUUAACUGGAGAAAAGAAAGAAACACAAUUUAAAGUGAGUUUAUAGGAACAACUGAGAGGAUUUAAAAAGUGGACACGAGACGUGAGUGGGACUGUGGCAGAUGUAAAAUGACAUCGAUAAAGGGGGAUUAAACUGCAGGGAUGUUAAGAAAAUUAUGAAAACAUUAGCUGCUUAGUAAGAAGUGACUUCAGAGCUGACAGGAAUGGCUUGAUUCCUCACCCCGGAGAGAGCGGUGGGACAGUAAUGUGAGAGGCACUCAUGUUUCUGUGGAAGAGAAAGAAAGUUUGCUGCCCUUCACUCGGAUACAAGUCUAACGUUACUUUCUGAGAGGCAUUGCUGCUCUGACUAUUUCUCAUCCCAGUGGCAGAGCCCGUCUUGGCUCAUAACUGUUCACAAUGUCCAAACCCGCGCUAAAGAAAAACCACUGGACCUCCAAAGUGAACGAGUGCUCCGUCUCUAAAGAUGCCCGUGGUGACUUGAAUGUGCCACUGCGCGGCGGCGCGGAGAACGGAGAGUUCGCCUACAUCGGGCAAGUUAACGAGGAUGUCGUGGUUUACAAAAGUGGGAAAUUAAAUGAUGGGGAGCUGCUGCUGGAGGUGGAGAAUCUCUCGAUUUCGGGAUUACCCUUGUACGACGUACAGACAGUGAUAAAGAACUGCAGAGGUCCCGUCAGGUUGAAAACUGUCAAGCAAGGAAGCAAGCUGAACAAGGACCUGAAGCAUUACCUAAGUCAGCGUUUCCAGAAAUCCUCACCUGACCACGAACUUCAGCAGACCAUCCGAGACAACCUCUACCGUCACGCCGUGCCUUGUACUACCCGCGCCCCACGUGAAGGAGAAGUUCCUGGCGUGGACUACAACUUCCUCUCAGUGGAGGACUUCCUGGAGUUGGAGAAAAGUGGGACCCUGUUGGAGAUUGGAACAUAUGAAGGUAACUAUUAUGGGACGCCCAAGCCACCGGUGCAGCCCCCCGGUGGGAAAGUGAUUAGCAGUAGCGGUAGCGGCGGUGAUGCCCCACUGCCAGACGGGCUCAGUGGUAGCCUGCCGGGCUCGCAGCACUCCACUCCCCGACGCACCAAGUCCUACAAUGACAUGCACAAUGCUGGAAUAGGGCCUGGAGAGCAGCAGCAGGAGGACGACGAGGACCUCCCUGACAUGAACAGUAGCUUUACAGGAGACUCUAGUGAAUUAGACGAGAUUCAAAACUCGGUGCGCCCCUUCGCCCCCCGCCAAAGUGUCCCAUCCUACGCUGGGACAUCCCCCUCACCAUCGGCCACCACGGAGAGCACACAGCAGACACACUCUCACCUGAGCCAUCCUCCCCCAGAGGAUCUGCUCGGACCUCUGCCUGACAACUGGGAGAUGGCCUACACCGAGAACGGAGAGGUCUACUUUAUAGACCACAAUACAAAGACCACCUCCUGGAUAGACCCUCGGUGCCUGGACAAGCCUCAGAAACCCCUGGAAGAAUGUGAAGAUGAUGAAGGGGUACAUACAGAGGAGCUGGAUAAUGACCUAGAACUUCCACCAGGGUGGGAGAAAAUAGACGAUCCAGUGUAUGGGGUCUACUAUGUUGAUCAUAUCAACAGGAAGACCCAGUAUGAGAAUCCAGUGUUGGAGGCUAAGAGGCGCAGGCAGCUGGAACAGCAGCAGCCCCAGCAGCCUCAGCCCCAAAGCCAGCAGCCACCUGAAGGUGAGCGCUACAUCCGAGAAUGGAUCGAGGAUUCGGUGUUGGCAGGGGCCCCAAUGACCAGCUAUGCUGCCAACCACCAGGAGACCUACAGGGACCCUCAGACAGGACCUACAGUGCCCAACGCAAUGGGACAAAAACGAGGGAAGCCUUUCUUUACUCGCAACCGAUCCGAGCUGAACGGGACUUUUAUCAAUACCAAGCUGAAAAAGAGCCGUCGGGGGUUCGGUUUCACUGUUGUGGGAGGCGACGAGCCAGACGAGUUCCUGCAGAUCAAGAGCCUGGUCCUAGAUGGACCUGCUGCCCUCGAUGGCAAAAUGGAGACAGGUGAUGUGAUCGUGAGCGUCAACGACACAUGUGUGCUAGGCUACACCCAUGCCCAAGUUGUGAAGAUCUUCCAGUCCAUCCCAAUUGGCUCCAUGGUCAACUUGGAGCUGUGCCGUGGCUACCCACUGCCCUUUGACCCCGAUGACCCAAACACCAGCUUGGUUACCUCAGUGGCCAUUCUAGAAAACAAAGAGCCAAUCAUUGUCAACGGCCAGGAGGCCUCCAACAGCUACGAUUCACCAUCCAGCCACGGCAGUCAGAACAACAACAAUGGCUCGACCAACGGCGGGGCACCCCUCAACGGCCUCCCCCGACCCCACAGCCCCUCGGCGGAGGUGGCAUCUGAUACCUCUUCCCAGCACGGCUACCCCAGCGACGUGGUCACCCUAGCCUCAUCCAUCGCAACACAACCAGAGCUCAUCACUGUACACAUGGAGAAAGGAGACAAGGGCUUCGGCUUCACCAUCGCCGACAGCCCCGGAGGUGGAGGGCAGAGAGUGAAGCAGAUCGUGGACUACCCGCGCUGCCGCGGCCUCAAGGAGGGCGACAUCAUCGUGGAGGUGAACAAGAGAAACGUACAGAGCAUGUCUCACAACCAGGUGGUCGAUCUGCUCAGCAAGUGUCCCAAAGGCAGCGAGGUCACCAUGCUGGUGCAGAGAGGGGUGGCACCUGCAAAGAAGAGCCCAAAACUGGAUGAUUUUGAGACUGCUCCUCCAUACAGAGAUUACAAUAGGAGGCAAUUGUCAAGAAAGGACAGUCAGAACAGCUCCCAGCAUAGCGUUUCCAGCCAUCGGAGCACCCACACAGACUCGCCUCUGCACCCAUCCCUGGCACCCCCUCUCAGCGAGAGCAUCGCUCCCCCGCCCCCCUCUCAGCCCCUGCCUGGCCUGCCGCCCCAGGACUCCCCAGCAGACGGGACUAUUCAGAGAAAACCGGACCCCUUUAAGAUCUGGGCCCAGUCCAGGAGCAUGUAUGAAAGUAGGCUUCCAGACUUCCAGGAGCAGGACAUUUUCCUGUGGAGGAAGGACACAGGGUUUGGCUUCAGGAUCCUCGGAGGCAAUGAGCCCGGAGAGCCGAUCUACAUCGGCCACAUAGUGAAGUAUGGAGCAGCAGAUGAGGACGGACGCCUGCGGUCCGGCGAUGAACUGAUAUGUGUGGACGGCACAGCAGUGGUGGGCAAGUCACACCAACUGGUGGUGCAACUGAUGCAGCAGGCUGCCAAGCAGGGCCACGUCAACCUCACUGUGCGACGCAAAACCAGCUACGCCGUUAAAGCAGAGGGAGACGUACCUCCAUCGCCAGCGUCCUCCCACCACAGCAGCACCCAGGCGCCCAGCCUGACAGAGGAGAUAGGGAAGCGCACUCCGCAGGGCAGCCAGAACUCCCUCAAUACCGUCAGCUCCGGCAGCGGCUCCACCUCCGGCAUCGGCAGCGGGGGAGGGGGCGGAGGGGCAGGAGGCAGUGGCAACGCUGUGAUUGCUGCAGCAGCUGCCACCACCUCCUCUCAGCUCCCCAAUGCCACCUCCACUGCCUCCUCCGGCUUGCAGCCCUAUGACGUGGAGAUCCGCCGCGGCGAGAACGAAGGAUUCGGUUUUGUCAUCGUCUCUUCUGUGUCGCGGCCUGAAGCUGGCACCACAUUUGCUAGCAAUGCAUGUGUGGCCAUGCCCCACAAAAUAGGGCGCAUCAUUGAGGGGAGCCCAGCUGACCGCUGCGGGAAGCUGAAAGUCGGCGACCGCAUCCUGGCCGUGAACGGAUGUUCCAUCACCAACAAGUCCCACUCUGACAUCGUCAACCUCAUCAAGGAGGCCGGGAACACCGUCACACUACGCAUCAUUCCUGGAGACGAGUCAUCAAAUGCAUCUUUGUUGACCAAUGCAGAGAAGAUCGCCACUAUAACCACCACUCACACACCUCAGCAACAGGCUGCACCUGAGGCCAGGAACAACACCAAACCAAAACAGGAGUCGUUUGAAUUUAAAGCCCCACAAGGCCCUCCUCCCCAGCCCCCGACACAACAAGUCUCACCUCAGGAUGCUGAGUUCUACUCAGUGGAUCUGGAGCGAGACAACAAAGGCUUUGGCUUCAGCCUGCGGGGGGGCAGAGAAUACAACAUGGACCUGUACGUGCUGAGGCUAGCUGAGGACGGAGCGGCCGUCCGCAACGGAACGAUGAGGGUCGGCGAUGAAAUCUUGGAGAUCAAUGGCGAGAGCACCAAGGGCAUGAAGCACGCGCGAGCCAUUGAGCUCAUCAAGAGUGGAGGCCGGCGCGCCCAUCUGGUGCUCAAGAGGGGUGACGGCUCUGUGCCUGAAUAUGACGGCAGCCCCAACAACAGCAGCGCAGCCAACCCAGUCUCAGGGUUACAAAACGCUGCGGAAGUGAGCGCCCUGCCCCCAACCAAUGCACCAUCGGAGUCAAGCAACCCACCAGAACCCCACCAAUCAUCCCGGAGCAAGAAGGAGCCAACUCGCCACUCUACCGGCACCGGCAAGCACCACCAUUCCAACCACCGCCACCGCUCCCCCAACAAGAAAACCAGCAAGGGAAGACACAAGGGGAGAAAAUCCACAGGGAAAGAUGUGUCCAAGAAGAAGGAUGACAAGGGAAGCGACGGCCACCGCCACCAUUCCAGCGGGCAACACCGUAGCCGCCACCGUUCGCCUGACAAGGGGCACAGCCGGUCGCGCAGUGCAGAAAACACCCUGGAGGGCCGUAACGGGCGACACCGCCACAGCCGCUCACCUGACAGACGCCACGGUCAGCACUCCUCCUCUUAUCACCACCAUCGCUCGCCCUACCGCUCUCCUUAUCGCUCAUCUCACCCUCACCGCUCGCCUCCCCGCUACAGGUCCCCCCACCGCUCUCGGCACCACUCCCCCACCAGACGCCAUGCCCACUCAUCAGACCCUUACCGCCGGUACCCUUCCCCAGAGAGACAGAGCCGCAGCAAUGAGAAGCCCAACGGGGAUGAGGCCGUAUUGAAGGAGCCACCCAAGACUCCUGAACUCAGCCUGCAUUUUGAGGACAGCAUCCUCCGUGAGCCCCCAGCCCUGGACCGCCUGAACAGGGAGGCCACACUUCCACUACUGCGCAGGGAGGAGCGCCUGUAUGGGGAGGACAGUCUGCUGAUGAGAGCCUCCUCCACUGAGAGACCUUUCAUGGGGGACAGCCUGCUAAGGAACGUGGCAUCCCGCGGCCAGAGAGACGCCUACAGAGACACUACCUUGCCCAGAGUGCGCACCCCCGACUCAGAUUCAGCCUUCAAGAAGUACAGCUCGCUGCUGAGGGGGCGCUCACCUGAGAGGACGGAGAGGGAUGGGCGCUACGCCAGCCGAGGUAGUUCCCCCGAGCCGCAGUACCGAACCCGCAGCCUCGGACGAGACAUCUCCCCGGUCAGGAGCUUCAGAAGGGACGACUCGGAAGACGAAGAGGACGAUGACAAUAUGGUAGCGGCUAAGGUGAGAGAGUACUACAGCACGCUCAAGACCGACACCAGUCGCUCAUCCAAGCCAACGCUUCCUGAGCCCAAGAAGACCUACAAGGAUAACCCCAAAGAUCUCAGCAUCUGAUUGGACGGCUGUCAGCCAAUCACAGCCGCUACCCACAGAACACCUCAAGUACUCAAUCCCAUCAUCACUUGGUUCUACAGAAAUGCACCCAAUUGUGAACACAUACACACACACUCAUACACACACAUAACAAUGUUGAGUUACUAACAAGACAGUGAUUCCAAAAUGACUUUUGAAAGCGUUUUUUUCUUUCUUUUUUUAAUUGUGUUUCUUUUUUCCUUUUUUUCCCUUGUUUUUGGUUAAGCAUUCUACAUUUACAGUAACUCAGACUUUUCCAGAAAAUGUAAAACCAUAAAAAACAAUGAUGUGCCUAACAGUUCCAUUAAUGAGCGACAUUAUGUUUUUGAUUUGAUAUGUGACGGGCAUUUUGUGCCGCACUGUCAGAUGAUGAAAUGUACUUUUCCACGAGGAUCCCAUGGAAGUACCACGCACCUGGAUCACUGUAACCGGUGCUCACAAUGAUGCUGUGCAUGUCUUUACCGGUUUCAAUGUCUCUCUCUCUCUGUCUUACUCUCUUUCCCGCCUUUAUUCUCUGUCUGACUCUCUCUCUCUCUCUCUCUCUCUCUCUCUCUCUCUCUCUCUCUCUCUCUCUCUCCCCCCAGUGCCACUGUUUUUUAGACAUUUGACCAGACUAUAGCACAAGCCUGCGUUUGUUUGUAUAUUUUUGACAGUUUGCAGUAUGUGUACAUUCAGAGGUGAUCAUUUUAAAUGAAUGAAGGGAAAAUUAAAAGUUAAACUAUGAUGAUGAUGUUAAAAUAAAAUAAUAUAUUCAACAAAUGAA